AUGAUACAAGAGCAAUACAAUAUUGAACUUCGAAAUGGACAGAGGGUAUCCUCUACAUUAAGCAAUUAUGAUAAGCGUGAUGUAUUUUGCAAAGAUGCUAAACGGAAAUGGACUCGUGUCAUAUUCCUUCUCCAUGGGUUUCCUGAUAAUAACACAUCAUAUAAUAAUGUUUGGAAAGUGAUAUUAGAGUCUGUACCAGAAGAUGAAAAGGUUUUGUUGCUAGCUCCAUCAAUGAGAGGUUACGAACCGUCGAGUCAAGGCGAACAAUCUGAUUAUAGGAUGUCAGAUCUCGCAAACGAUGUAAAAUCAUGGAUUACAAGUAUUUCACCAGAUGGUGUUCCAGUACAUCUUCUUGGUCAUGAUUGGGGAGCAAUAGUAGCUUUUAAAACCGCUAGUAUGUACCCUGAGUUGGUAAGAUCGAUGGCUUGUUUGGCUAUACCAUAUAUCACCAAUAUUCGAUUAUGGGAGUUUGCAUGGUAUUGCCCAGACCAGAUCUAUCACUCUAGCUAUAUGUUUACCAUGCAGUUUCCAUGGCUCUAUAAAAAUAGACUCUCUGAUACAAGUAGCAACAGCUAUUUAGACCGCCUAUGGCGCUGCUGGUCUCCCACAUGGGAUUAUACCAAAGAUGAGAUUGAUAGCGUCAAGAGAACUUUUAAGGAACCUGGAGUUAUCGAUGCAUCAACUGCAUACUACAGAUGCCUUGCUAAUCCCUUAAAUAUUUCUGAUAGGCGCUGGAAAGUAGACUUUGAGAAAGUUCCAACUUUAUUGCUUGGCGGUGAGCGCGAUGGGUGCAUGAAUGUGAAGUUAUAUCAUUUGGAAGCCAAUAAACUUGCCAGUAACCCACACGUUAGCGUCAAGAUACUUUCAAAUGUAGGGCAUUUCUUGCAUCGUGAAGACCCUACAAAAGUUGGAGAGUUGAUAUCUGACUGGUUCAGAAAAUAUCCUUAG